AUGGGUGAUUACCCACAACAGUAUGGAAUGUUGAAGGAUUACAUCCUUGAAUUAAAAGCAUGCAACCCAGACAUAACUGUCAAGCUUAACUUUGAACCAAAUCAUGAUCUUAACAGUGACACAAGGCAGUUUAGAAGAGUAUAUGUUUGCUUGGGUCCAUUGAAGGUUGGGUUUAAAGCUGGAAAGAGAGAUCUAUUGGGUUUGGAUGGGUCUUUCAUGAAGUCUCCUGCUACAAGGAUUCUGUUGAUUGCAGUUGGUGUAGAUCCAAACCAUCAAACUUACCCACUUGCUUAUGGCAUUGUGGAGUCUGAGAAUAGGGCUUCCUGGACUUGGUUCCUUGAAUGCCUUGGAGAAGAUCUAAACUUGGAUCACAUGUCAAACUUUACUUUCAUUAGUGAUAGGCAACAGGGGCAAGUUUACCAGGAUUUUCUUUGGAAAGCUGUAAACUCACCCACAGUUGCAGAAUUUAACAAGGUCAUGGAAGAUUUGAAAAAAGUGAAGCAAGAAGCUUAUAAUUGGUUAAAGGAAAUACCACCAAGGCAUUGGUCAAAGUCUGUUUUCAGGGGACAAGUUUACAAGGAUUUACUUUUUAACUUGUGUUUCAUUAUGUUUUCUAUAUAUUCAGGGCACAUGCAACUAGUUGAUGGUAGGGAGAAACCCAUAAUUCUGUGUUUAGAGUUCAUUAGAGAAUAUAACAUGAAGAGACUUGCCAAAGUGCAAAAGGAUAUUGACCAAAGUGCUGGCCCUUUAACACCAAGAGCUACUGAAAUGUUUGAAGCAAUCAAGACAGAAGCUACAAAGUACAGAGCAACAUUCAAUGGGCAUACCACGUUUGAAGUAGUUGGUCCAUGGAUGGAUCAACAUGUGGUUGAUUUGGAAUUGAGGACAUGCUCAUGCAGGAGGUGGGAGUUGACCGGAAUGCCAUGUAAGCAUGUUAUGGCCUCUAUAUUCGAUGUUGCAGACAAUGAAGGCACCAUAGGAAGCCCAGAGUCAUAUGUUAAUCCUGAAGACAGGAUAUCAAGGGCUGGUGCUAAGCUGAAGUGUGUAAAUUGCAAACUUGAUGGUCACAACAAGAGAACAUGUCCAAAAAAGAAUACAACUUCAGAAGCUGGUGGUUCCAAGGGUUGUGGUAAGAAGACUGCAACUUCUCAAGCUGGUGGUGGUAAGAAGACUACAAGUUCUCAAGCUGGUGGUGGUAAGAAGAGUGCAAAUUCAAGUUCUCAAGCUGUUGGUUCUCAAGCAACUUAG